AUGGCACCUGGAAUUAUGCUGACCCAACCUGAUACGACUCCAAACCCCCCUGUCAAGCAAAGCCUCUUUCCGGACGGCCUCAAAACCUCCGGUCAGUGGCCACCAGUCUACGAGCAACUUCGCCCUUACGAGGAUUUCCCCAAAGAAAUCUCGGGUCCCACAUUGUGGAAGGCUGAGGACUACAGAUGGUAUCCGGAGCGCUGGACUCACCGAUUUCGCUCGGCCGAGAUAGCUGAGUUGAGUGCCGCCGCAGAUGAAUUCAUUGCUUCUGGCAUACCUUUGACGGGCAUUUCCAAGGAACGCUUCCCUUUGCCCCGGCUGGGCCACUUCUUGACUACUCUCCGCAAAGAGAUCAUUGAUGGUAGAGGCUUCAUCCUUUUCAAGGGUAUACCCGUCCAAAGCUGGGGUCUGCAAAAGUCCGCCGUCGCCUACAUGGGCCUUGGGACUUAUAUUGGCUACUUUGUGUCUCAGAACGGUCUCGGCCACGUGCUUGGGCACGUCAAAGAUCUCGGUGAGAAUCCCACCCAGACGGACAAAGUGCGGAUUUACCGUACGAGCGCUCGCCAAUUUUUUCACACGGAUGGUGCCGACAUUGUUGGGCUGCUUUGCAUAGCCAAGUCGCUCUCGGGCGGCGAAUCCGACAUCGUGUCGACGCAUGAUGUCUUCAACGAGUUGCAACGUACACACCCAGAUGUCGUUCGUACCUUGACUCAACCCAACUGGUAUUUCGACCGGAAAGGCGAAACCAGUGCUGGUCAGGAGGAAUGGAUUCGGUCUAGCGUCUUCUUCCUUGAAAACGACCCCCAGGGCUCGCCGAGGGUCUUUGCCAAAUUCGACCCAAUGAACGUCACGUCGCUCGGCCGUUUUAACUCGGGUCCUGAUGCCCGCAUACCGCCUUUGUCUGAAGCACAAAAUCAUGCUCUCCAAGUCUUGGAAAAUACGUGUCAGCGCCUGGCACUGCACAUGAUUUUGGAACCUGGCGACAUUCAGUUUUUAAGCAACACCCAUGUGUUCCAUGCUCGAACUGCCUACACGGACUACCCGCCCGAUGCCCUUGACGAGCAAGGGAGGCCGAGACCUAGGCGACAUUUGAUGAGGCUGUGGCUCGCGGUACCAGAGUCUGAGGGUGGAUGGAAGCUUCCCUUCCAUGACAGCCGAGAAAAGAAGAGGGGGGGCAUUCAGGUGAACGAUCAGCCACCUACUUGCCCCAUUGAUGCUGAGUGA